GUGUCUGUCUGUGUGUGUGUGUGUGUGUCUGGCUGCCGGUUGCUAUGUCUGGACAGGCUGUGUAUAGCGCUGCCGGGGACCAAGCAGGAGCGCUCAGUGCUGUGUGUGGUUCAGCAUCUCACUGACUGGCUCCCGCCAUCACUCGCUGUGUCUCUGCUUCCAUCGCUUCCAAUUGUGCGUCCGUUUCUUCUGGAGACACAGAGCCAGAAAGUAGCGGAGAUCGCAGCUCAGCGGGUGUGAGGGAGAGGGAUAGAGAGACACACACAGGAACGCUCAGUGCGGAGUAACUCAGUCUGUCUCAGCUCCACACAACCCACAGCUGUCAGGUUGUGGGGCCAGGCUGCCGGGCACUGCCCUCACAGCGGGGACACCAUGGCUGCCACGAGGGUGACCUGUCUCUUCAUCUUCGUCCUGCUCUUCGGGGCCUUCGGACUCCUCGUCUUUAGCCGCCUACAAGACCUGAGCCACAUUCUCCCCCCACAGACAGGAGUCCUGGUCGGAGUGAAGGUCAGACACAUCAGGAAGGCCUCAGGCCGCUGGAUCCCCCCUGGGGGAAAGGGUGCGGUGGCCUUGACAAGACAACCAUGGCCUCUGCAUCUCUCCUGGCCUGAGCUCAACACCACAAGCUUGAGGCAGAGAAUUCCCGGAUCCAGCCUGGAAAAAGGCGAGAGGGAGCGAGAGCUGAAGCCUCACACUAGGCCUGGGGACAGGGAGUGGAGCCCAGGCCCAGGCCCCAGCCUGCCACGCCGGCCUCACCGCCGCAGGAGGAAGCUGUUGAACGAGCAGGAGAAGAUGCCAGAAGCUGAGGAGCAGCGGCGACUGCAGGAGGUUCAGCUGAGCCGCAGGCGGCUGGUGCAGCAGAUGUGCCUGAGGGUGCAGGGCCAGAACUUGGGUGUGGGCCGGAGUCUGGGCCUAGGCCGGAGCCACCUUUCCCGGGUGUAUGUGGAGGACAGACACGGGCUACUGUACUGCGAGGUGCCAAAGGCCGGCUGCUCCAACUGGAAGCGUGUGCUGAUGGUGCUGAGCGGCCAGGCCUCUGAUCCUGACCACAUCCGGCACCAGGCUGUGCACUACAGUAACGCACUGCGCCGGCUGGAUAGCUUUGACCGUGCGGGGGUGGAGCACAGGCUGCAGACAUACACCAAGGCCCUGUUUGUCCGCGAGCCCUUCCAGCGCCUGGUCUCGGCCUUCAGGGACAAGUUUGAACAUCCCAACGCCUAUUACCACCCGGUGUUUGGCCGGGCCAUCAUCAGCAAGUACCGGCCUAACGCGACACAGGAGGCCCUGGUCUCAGGGUCCGGCGUCACUUUCUCCGAGUUUGCCCGUUACCUGCUGGACGGGGGACGGCCGGUGGGGAUGGACAUUCACUGGGAGGGUUAUGGCCGCCUGUGUAGCCCGUGCCUCAUUGACUAUGAUUUCAUUGGCAAGUUUGAGACAAUGGACGAGGACGCGGCCUACCUGCUCCGCCUGCUCGCUGCCCCCGGCAAUCUGACUUUCCCCCGCAACAAGGACCGGCACCCUGGCGACAAGCGCACCGGCCCCGAACUCACUCACCACUACUUCUCCCGGCUCUCAGCCGCCCAACGCCAGGGCCUCUACCAGCUCUACUCCACUGACUACCUGAUGUUCAACUACUCAACACCUUUCAGCAACAACAACUUGCAUUUAUAUAGCACCCCUCAUGCAGGGUAGAGUUCCAGAGCCCUUUAGCAGCACCCAGCGAGUGUGAGUGACACUGAGUGUGAGCCACCCCGAGUGUGAGCGACACCAAAGUGUGAGCGACACCGAGUGUGAAACACUGAGUGUGAAUGACACAGAGUAUGAGUGUGAGUAACACCAAGUGUAAGCGACACCAAGUGCGACCGUGAGUGUGAGCGACGCUGAGCGUGAGUGUGCAUCGAAUGUAAGCGACACCGAGUGACAACAAGAACUUGCAUUUAUAUAUCCCCCCUCAGCAGGGUACUGUCCCAGACAGUGUGCGUGUGCUAAGUGUGCAUGUGCACCAACAGGGAGUGUGGACAGAGUGUGAAUAGUUAGAGCCUGUCAGGCAGCCGUAUUUUGCCAUGAGAGCGACACCAGAAAUGGUGAGAUUUGUGCCAUGUCAGGGCUCUGUCACACCCUCUGUCAGAGAGAAUGGGGGUCCGCGGUGCAGAGACAAUGAGCUACUUUGUAAAUAGUAUUUAUUGACGCGCAGCACCACCUCGUGCGAACACAGCAGUACUGCACGAGUGGUACUACAUUCAGCCUGUGGCUGGGACCCUUCCCAUGGUUUGUGUUAACAAAAGUAACGACUUGCACUUAUAUAGCGUCCUCCUCGCAGGGUUGCGUCUCAGAGUGCUUAACAGUGGUGGAGCCUGACUCUGAGCCGGAGUGGGAAGGGGUAAAGGUGACCGCAAACACAGUCGAAAAGGAAGAUUUUCAGGCGGGACUUGAAAAAGAGGAGAUA